UUUAUUGCACUGCCUAUCGACCUUUCACAUAAUUUGUUUAUUUUACGAUAGCUGCACUAUUUUUUUUUGGAAUAAUGAGCAAUUCAACAGCCUCUGCCUUCUCCAGCUUGGAUACGGCGGCCCUGGAACGCCAAACAGAAUUGCUUAAUGAACCGGCGGUCACAUUUGAGCAAAUAUGGAAUGAAACACAUGAAAAAGUCAGCAUCGGUUGGAUACGACAAAAUGGUUACAAGCGCAUAUGUCUGCAAUUCCCAGACGACUAUCUACCACACAGCAAUGCCAUCAGCAAUGGCUUGAAGACAGCAUUGGCUGCAGAAGAAUGCAAAGUCUUCAUUUUAGCAGACACUACUUAUGGGAGUUGUUGUGUGGAUGAAAUCGCUGCCGCUCAUGUGGAGUCCGACAGUAUGAUUCACUUUGGUAAUGCCUGCCGCAGCAAAGCCAGCCGCCUGCCGGUGCUCUACUUGUACCCAGUGUUGUCACUAGAGUUGCCAAAAAUGCUGCAGCAACUUACAACGCUGCAAGCGGAGUGCGCAGAACGCGAAGUUUGCAUUUAUUUUGACAUAGGCUAUCAGCAUCUUUAUGAUCCGGCAUCAAGCGAGGGUGAAGACACUCUGCACAGCCAGCUGCGUGAGCUUCUGCAGCCAAAGAAGCUGAUCAUCGAAGUGUAUCCACCGCCAGCUGAGGAUUGCGUGGAGAGCAAGCAACAGGCUGAAUCUGCUUCAGAUGCCGAGCGCAUCUGCGUCUUUGUGGGCGCCGACAAUCAGCGCUUUGCUAACUUGUCUCUGACCACUACAGCAUAUCAAUGGCAUAUUUUAGAUGGCGCCACAGCCACUAUCAGCCUGAAGAAUCCUCUGACAGCUCAAUACAUACGCCGACGUUACUAUUAUAUCGAGAAAUGCAAAGAUGCCCAGACGCUGGGAUUAAUUGUGGCCACCUUAAGUGCUGUUGGCUAUCUGGAUGUGGUGACCCGUCUGCAGACGAUGGCCAAGAGUCGCGGCAUCAAGACACAGCUGAUUUCAGUGGGUCGCAUCAAUCCAGCAAAGUUGGCUAACUUUCUAGAGAUUGAUUGCUUUGUACUAAUCGGUUGUCCCUUUAACAACAUGUACAACUCCAAGGAAUAUUACAAACCCAUAGUAUCUGUGUUUGAGGCUGAAAUGGCAUUGAAUCCCGCCUGGCACAUGAAAUAUCCAGCUUCAUAUGUGACGGACUUUAAACAGCUGCUGCCCGAGGGUCGCAGCUUUUUGCCGUUUGAUGCAACAGCUGUGCAGGAUCAACAGGAUGUGAGUUUGGUUAGCGGACGCGUGCGAGGUGCCCAAGAGAACAAUGAUACAGUCGAGACUGCUGCAAACACAACGCUGGCCACUCAAGCUAAAAUGGCCUUGAUGACCAGCGACACGGGUUUAUCCUUUGAGGAUCGUACUUGGCAAGGUUUGGAUCCCGCUUUAGGUCAAACUGAGCCAGCAAAAAUACAAAAGGGUCUCAAUGGCAUUCCCAUUAAGUACUCCCACGACUAGCUGACAUGCUUAAGAACAACAAUAAAUAAGAACGAUAACUAAUCAUA